AUGGGUAGGCCUCUUCAACGGCUCGCCCUUCUGGGCCUGGCCAGCCUCGCCACUGCCGCUGCCGACGUGACAUGCGUCGACAAGGCCAGUGACCAAACCACCUACACCGCCGCCAGCGGUGCGCAAUACAAGGUCGAGUGUGGAAUCGACUAUGCCGGUGGCGACAUUGCAGCCACGCAGACCCCAACAUUCGCCGCAUGUAUCGAUGCGUGCGACUCAACUCCGAGCUGUAUCGACGUCAGCUAUGCCGGGAACACUUGCUACAUGAAGAACAAGCUCGGGGACGGCCUCGCCAGAGACUGGGUCUGGACUGCCAAACAGAUCACUUCAAGCAGCGGCCACCCCCUGCUCACCUGUGUCGACAGGGCGGCCGAUCAAGCCCUGUACACAUCUGCCACCGGCGCCGUCUUCCAGAUCCUGUGCGGACGUGACUAUGCCGGCGGAGACGUUGCGGCCAAGAACACCGACACCUUUGCCGAGUGCAUCGAUGCCUGUGCCUCCACUGCCGACUGUGCAGAUGUUAGCUAUGCCGGCAACGCAUGCUACAUGAAACGCCAGUCCGAGGAUUUUGUCGAGCGGGAUUGGGUCUGGACUGCGAAGCUGGUUCAAUCUUCCACUGGCGGUGGCGGUGGUGGUGCCAGCGAGGAUACGGCGCUGUCAUGCGACAGCAACAAGAGCGACGGCAUCGUCUUCACCGCGGCCAACUCUGACUUCGAGAUCACCUGCUUCAAGGACUACGCCGGCGGUGAUUUGCUUGGCCUCUCCACCAAUUCUUUCGAGGAGUGCAUCCAAGCCUGCGACGCCCACUCCGACUGCGUCAACGUUGCCUAUGUUCAUGGCGGCUGCUACCUCAAGGGUGAGCAGAAACCCGCCGUCGACAACAAUGCCGUCUGGGGUGCCGUGCGCAAGUCCAAGUCCGAUUCGGCAACCUCGUCCGCCUCGGCCACUGAGUCUGCUCCCGCCUCCACGACCACUUCAGCCACGCCUGCAUCGACCCAGACGCCGCUCAACUGUGGCGAUGGCAAGCCCAGCAACGGCAAGCGGUACCAAGCCCCCUCGGGCGGUCUCUAUCAAAUCCUGUGCGGUGUCGAUUAUGGCGGUGGCGAUCUCACGGCAACCACCACUGAGAGUUUUGAGGACUGCAUCGCGGCGUGUGAUGCCAACAAGGACUGCAUCGAUGUCAGUUUUGUCGCGCCAGCCUGCUACUUGAAGAACCAGCUUAAUGACGCCGACGAGACCAAGUACUUCGUUUGGACGGCCAAGCAGCUGCGCGCACCGGGCAGCGUCUUUACCUUCCCGACGGUGACGCCCAUGGACCCCGGCAGCGGGACCGAGACGGACGAUUUCAGCGAGCCCAUCGAACUCGAGGCUGCGCCCAUUGCCACGCUCGGCCCCGUCCCCCCUCCCGGAGUCAACAUGGCCGGCACUGGCGUUCUCACACCGGACCCUGUCUCUGAGCUGUGGUACAACGGCACUCAGAGCGACAGCGACGGCAGCGACCUCGACCCUGUGACGGUGCGCCUCAACAUCACCUACGCCUACCCGUCCAUCGUCCUCGACCACUCCAUCUUCAUCAAGGACGUUGUCUGCGAGGCCGGCACGCUGCACGGGCGCUUCAACACGUCGUACCCCUAUUACUUUUCCGAGGCCAACUGGCCGACUGAUGAUGACGUGCUCCUCAUCACGUCGGCGGAUUCUUGUGGUGAUGAUGCGGCACAAAACGCCUUCUUCCUCGCCCACACCAUCUCGUUCACUGAAGACUCGCUCUCGUUUGAGGCCCUCGGUCAAAUUGUCCAGCUGUCUGAUGUGUUUGCCGACCUCACCGUCGAUUUUGGCAACAUCACCGUCGCCGACGCACCCCAAGACGAGCAGCAGGAUGUGUGCGGCACCCCCUCUGCUGACACCCUCCAUGGUCUUCCUGCCGUGCCAUGCGGUACAAACUUUGACCAGGUCCUGGACGACAAGCUGGGCUACUACAGCUCGGCGGGCGGCGAUGCCGAGGCUGUUCUCGCCCUCGCCACUCCGGCUAGCGCUGCUGAGGUCGAGGUCUCCAUUCAGAAACGCGGCUGGUUCAGCAACCUCUUCAAGGCCGUUGCCAAGGCUGUUGUGACCGUGGUCAAGGUCGUAGCGCAGGUCGUCGUGGCGGUCGCGCAGACCGUUGUCGCCGUCGUGAAGAAGGCCGUCGACUUCGUGGUCAACACGGCUGUGGCCGUUGCCAAGGUCACGGUGGCGCUCGCAGUCAACGCCGUCAAGCUAGUGGCCUUUGCCGUGACGGGCCAGUACUCCAACUCACUCACCCUCCCACUCGCUCUCGGACCGCCUGCCACCGUUGAGGUCGACUCCCCCUGGGGCAAGGCCUUCAAGAUGUACACGUUCAAGAUGGGCGAGGAAGACGAGAAGUUCUCGGCCACCAAGGCGACGCUAGACAACCUCGUUGAGGAAUUCGUCGGCGCGCCCAACCCGGAACCCGGCGUUGAGAUCUACUGCGUCAACUGCGGCGUGCGCGGCUCCGUCAAGGCAACGGGCAAGAUCAACGCGACCCCCCUGAGCGGCGUCAAGGAGGCGUCCAUCGGCAUCAGCGGCAACCUGUACGUUGGCAUGUACCUGGGCGUCAACGCCUUCGCCAAGUGGGAGAAGGAGUGGGAGAAGGAGCUCUUCUCCAAGGGGCUUCCGGGCUGGUCCAUUCCCGGCAUUGUCACGCUAGGCCCCAAGCUCAUUCUCAGCGCCAAAGCAACUGUCAGCGUCGAGGCCGAAGGCCAGAUCCUCACGGGUGCUUCUCUGACCUGGCCUGGUUUCGAGGCAACCCUCGACAUGGUCAACCCCUCCAAGUCUUCCAAGUCCGGUUGGACGCCCAAUAUCGACCACGCCUUCCAGGUCCAUGGCGGCGUCACCGCCACGGCUGCCGUUGGCCUGCCCGUCAGCCUGUGGUUCGGUAUCGACAUUCUCAAUGGUGUGUUCAAGAAGGGAGCCGCUCUCGUCGAUACGCCGGCCCUCACCGGCACAGCCGAGUUUGAGGUCAAUGCGGGCACAGAGGAGACCUCUGUCGGUACCGAUGAGUGCCUGGGAAUUGCCUGGGACAUCACCCUGACCAACGAAGUCAGCUUCGAAAUCGACGACGGCCCCGAAUGGACCUUGUUCGAGUGGGCUAGCCCCGCCCUGGCUGAGGGUUGCAUUGGAUGGGAGCAGCCUCAACCCGAUCCAAUCCCAGACGUCCCAGAGCUGCCAGCGGACGACGGUUCGCUCAAGUGCCCCGCGGCGAACGGCCAGGUUUACACGGACGACCGGGGCAACCAGUGGCAGAUCCGGUGCAACUACGACUACAUGUACUACGACACGGCUCAAACCUGGAGCAAUUCCAUGGAGGAGUGCAUGUCGUGGUGUGCAGGGCAGGGCAACUGCGCCGGUGUCUCGUACGGCUCGGACGAGUGGAACCCAACCAUCAACUGCUGGGCGCGGUCCCGUGCCGGGCCGUCGCGGCAAGGCCCGUACCACUCGAUGAUGCUGAUGAGCCCGUUUGAGAUCCUCAGCGUCGUCUACGGCACCGCCGACAUCACCAACUACGCCAUCCAGAACUGGCAGGUCGGCAACCGGAUCGAGAUCAACACCGACGCGGCAUCGCAGAGCACCUCGGUCGACCGCAACCCCGGACAGCCCAAGUCCAUCUUCAUGCUGUACCGCUACGGCGCGGAGACACGGUCAUGGGUCGGCGCCCAGAGCCGGGGUAUCGUCACCAUCUACCCGGGGCCGGUUUCGUCGGCGCCGGGGUCGAGCAUGCUGGUGCCGGACUACCCGCAGGAAGUGUCGUGGAUCAAGGUUGUCGAGGUCUGCUACGGUCUCUCGCAGAUCCGCAACCAGAACGUGUUCCACACGCUGUACAUGAACUCGCAGAACCGCCAAUCGACCGGGAUUGAGAACGACCUGUUUGGCGAUCCGUGGUACGGCAUUCUCAAGUCAGCCGUCAUCUGGUACCGCGACACCCGGUACAGCGCCGACGGCCCGCUGUACAUGAUCACGGGCAUCGAGCACGAGCAGUUCAAGCUGAUGCGCGCUGAUGGCUCCUUCAACAAGCGUCUUAUCGGAGAGGGUGAAGGUGGUGGUGGCGGCGGCGGCGGUUACAUCCCGCCAACCGAGACAAGCACAACGCUGGCCACCUCGACCACCGCAGAUCCAGCUCCAGAAGAGCCGACGACAACAACCAGCCCGGCAGACGCGGCCGAGACCAGCACCACCGUGACCGAGGCGCCUGAAAGCUCGACAACCACCGAGGCCCCAUCAUCCUCAUCCACCACUACCGCCUCAGAGACCACCUCUUCCACCUCCGCCGAAGCGACCCCAGAACCCAGCCUCGGGCUCGCCACCGUCCGCGACACAACCGGCGCCCUCGAACUCCAAGCCGGCAACAACGGCAACCUCUUCCUCUCCGCCAUCGGCUCCACUUCCACCUCCGACCUCGCCGUCCUAACCAACGGCACCACCCUCGCAGCCCUGACCCUCCCCGACACCGACACCGACACGUACCUGAUCCCCGGCGACUCAGCCGACCGACUUUUGCACUACUUUCCCGACGAAGUCGCCCAACUCGGCGCAUCCCGCCUGCGCCUCGCCACAUGGGACAAGCUCCCCGUCGGGUCCAAGCUGAUCAACCUCGUGCCGGUCAAGGCAGAAUCUGGGACGGGUGAGGAGAUGCUCGUGGCUGUCGCGGCAGAUGGGAGCUACCUGUGGCCUGUCAUGUGCGCCAUUGAGGGGCAGGUGAAUAAGGUGUUUUUGGUUAGGGAGAAUGAUGAUGCGGCGAUCAAAGCUGCGCUUGAGGCGGAGGAUGCCAAGUUUGUCCUCACGGGUGGGCAGGCGAGUAAGUGUGGUGUUGUGGCGCUGGUUGCGCAGGUGGAGGCGGUUGAGGUUCCUGCUCCGCCUGUCCAGGUCAUUGAGGGUGGUGAUGCUCCCGCUUAUUAG